AUAAACUCCUUACUGAAGCCUGGCAGUGGCAGGAGACAUAUCAGUCCGAUGGCACGCCACACCCCAAGCCUCGAACCCACCUGCUAACUAACCCUAGAGAAGCCCUCGGCCUCGGAUCGCCGCCGCCGUCGGCGACUCCGAGGGAGUUCUCCUCUUCCCUUGCCGGUGGAACGGAACACCUCUCUGCCAGCCGUUUCUCGUUUUGAAGCCUUUAGGUAAGAAAUUUGAGGUAGGGUUGCUAUGGAGUCGUCAGAUGACGAGCAUGCCAUGGAGAGUGAUACUGAGACUGAAAGUGAUCUGAUCAGCGGGCUGCCUGAAGACAUCCUCCAGAAAAUCCUGUCGUGCGUGUGGAUUAGAACUGUUGUGCGCAUGCGCAGGGUGUCUAGGAAGUGGAUGGAACUGUGUGAAAGCCUGCAGUUCAUACGCCUUGAUUACAGAGAUUUCGAACAUUGGAAGGUCGAGAAGUUUACUCGUUUCGUUAACAACCUAUUGCUUGUCCGUCGGAAACUAGACUUGCACACAUUCCAGCUGCAUUGGAAUCCUCAUGGUCCCCUGAACUGCAAUGAUGUCAGAAUGUGGAUUGGCUAUGCGGUGAAGCAUAAUGUUAAAGUGCUUGACGUGAAACUUUGUCUAUAUGAUAAGACUGUUUUACCUCCUGCCAUUUUCACCUGCCGCUCGCUUCAGGAGCUAAAUUUGCAGUGGGGUAAUGCUCCCUACCGAGAUUAUGACCACACAGGACUUGUACUGCCUGACAUAAUCAAUCUUCCUUCUCUCAAGAAACUUACUCUGCGCGACGUGGAAGUGGAUGAGCUUUCUCUGAACAGAUUCAUUGCCCGGAGCCCUGGCCUAGAAGACUUGAAUUUGAUAGACUCUGCGAUGCGUCUUGAUCUCAUAGCCUCAAAAGCAUUAAAAAGGCUAACCCUUGAUGGCUUCCUAGGUGAGUGUGAUGGAUUCACAAUUGCUGCCCCUCAUCUCAUUGGCUUUGAGUGCACGGGAUGUUCACUGGAAGCUAUUUCCUGGAGAGACCAGCCAUCUCUAGAGAGCGCACGCAUAGAUACUUGUGGGUAUUCAUUUGAUUGUGAAUCAAAGUUCACUGGAGUUCUUAAGUAUGCCAAGAAGCUUGCAUUAUUUGGUUCUGACAUAAAGGUUAUGUUGGAAAAGGAGCUGCCAACAUGUUCUGCGUUUGAAAGCCUCACAACUCUUGAGAUUGGCGAAUGGUUUUUAACUGAGGACUUGUACGUUGUGCUUCGCUUCCUCCAGCUUUCACCGAGGCUAGAAGAACUCACUUUGAUGCAUAGGCCGCUUGAUGAAGGAGCGGAAAUAGAUUGCAUGCCAAUUGACGGGAUGACCUUCCGGUGUCCACUCCUUGAAAGUGUUGUCAUACAAUGUUCAGAGGGUGAUGGAGGAAUCGAUAAGCUGCUAAGUGUUCUGGUAGUCAAUGGGAUUAGUCUAGACAAUAUAAAUAUUGCCUUCUAUGAUGAAAUUGAAAAGCGGGACCGUGCGGAGAGGAUACGUGCCGACGAGGAACGGUCGAAGGAGCUGCGCAUCUUCGAGAAGAGGGUGAAGAGAAAUCCAGAAUGGAGAGAGUAUGAUCCUUACGCAAUGAGUGAGUCUGACAGCAAACAGAGUGAUGAUGGGUUCAGCGACGCAUCUGAUGACUACUGAGGGGGUAUGGCUUUCAGAGCAAUGAAUUUGAGAGUUUGACGCUAGAGCCCUGCAGGGUGGGUUACUGCUUUUAUACCCAUCCAAUAUUCAGUUCCUUUUGUUCUAGAUGAGACCUUCAUCUCUUUGGAUCCUUCCUCUUACUUCUGAAACUUGGUGACUUGUGGGUUAUGGAGCCGAAAAUCUUAUGCUCCGAGCGUUUGUACUGUUUGAGCAUGGUUGUGUAAUGUGACAUGGAUACAUAUUGACCUGUUGUUUUGAGCAUAGUUGUGUAAUGUGACAUGGAUACAUAUUGACCUGUUGUUUUGAGCAUAGUUGUGUACUGUGACAUGGAUA